AUGGAUGCAAGCAGAAGCAGGGCGCGUUCCCGAGUUGGGAAAGAAACCCCCCGUCUUUCAUCCCCGGUCGUGGAAGAGGUGCCUUUCGAUGAGAUAUUUGACUGGGCGCUUUAUUGCGAGUCCACCGAGGAGCUAGAACCCUCCUGCUUCCCCGGUUGUCAGACCCCAGGGAACAUGUCCAAGCUCAUAACCCAAUUCACUCCCACAUCUCUUGGUCUUGGUCUUGAUAACUUUGCCAUCGAUGAUCUUCGAACAGAGCUUUACAGGAUGAAAGCUCCGUUCCGGUCAGACGAUGACACGGCUACCACCUCUGACUACUCCGGACACUCCCCUCCAGAUCUGAUCCAGGGAGGAGGGAGCACCUCUCCCUCGGACCACUCCGGAUCUGUCUUCCUCGAUCACGCCGAAGAGCGUCCCCACCCCUCUGAUGUUACCUUUCAAGAGGUCCAAGCCCAGGACGAGUGGACUUAUCCCCAGACUGACCUGGCCAAGGGUGCUCGUCGUGGAUAUCCUUCCCAUAUCCUCGUUCGGGGAGACUAUUCUGUCAUCCAGACAAGCAAUUUCGCCGGAACAAAGCGUCGACGCUCCAGCAAAGAUGUCGAGAAGAGGCCUCGGCAGCUGGUUGACCCUGUACAAACGGCAGACGUCCGGAAGAGUGGGGCGUGUGUGCCAUGUCGAGUAACCAAGACCAGGUGUCAUGACAGCGGCGUUUGUCCUACAUGCAGAAAGGCGUUCCCAAACCAUUCUCAUCUGGUCUGCACUCGCAUGACUCCUGCAAUGGCCUGGCCAGUGAUGGCCAAGGUUCCAGAUUUCUGGUCCAGCUAUGCUGCAGAAGAGCAGUAUCUGUGCUCUGGGCCCCGGUUUUACACUGGAAGUGCCAGAGACAUUUCCAUCUUCUUCAGCAAGGACACCACCUCGUCUUCUUUGCAUGCCACUGUUCAGGCAUACAGGUCCACCAACAACCACGAUGAGGUUGGCAGCCCGAGGACUGUUGCCUUCCCCCGGGAGAAGGUACCCAGUCACCCGAAGCUGCAGCGAUGGGUUGAAGACCAGAUCAAGCGUGAGCAUCGUCCGCAAUUCAGCCAGGCCUUGCAGAGCUUUUUGUUGGCUUACUCCAAGGAAGGACUGAAGAAGCUUCCCAAGUAUGAUCUGGUCAGAAAGGUCCAUCAAAUGAAUUGUUUUUUCAGAAUCUGGAAGAUGCCGUCGUUUUGGUGUAGAGACCCUUCCAAAAACAUCGCCAAUCUCCCAGUAUCUGUUCAAGCCCAGCUGCGCAGUAUCGCUCGGAAAGCUUUGGACCUCUUGGAGUACGAUGUCUUGAAGUUGUUAGACGACUGCCUCAGCCAGCAGGGAUCUCCCAAGGCAGAGGAGAGGGUGGCGAUUUGGGUGAGCAUGUGGCAGCUUAUGCUAAUGUACCGCGAGUUGUUGGCGGGUUACAAAGUCCAUCUGGGUCAUAUGAUGCAUGACCCAAGCUCGCCAGAUGAGUUCAUCAGCUCUCAGACACAUCAAUACCAGCGUUUGGUUGAGAACUUUUAUCCUUUGCUCACCAUUUUCUACCAUUACCAAUUCCGUACCAAGAAGAGCAUUGAGUUGUCGUUCGACUGGUUGGAUGAUGUCUCUUCAUCCCAUGUGUCACGUGAAGACAAAGAUCUUAUCCGUGGCUUUGGACACCAAUUACUCGUCUCAAGAAAAGAAUUGUACACUUAUGUCAAAGCCGCAUCGGAAACAGACGAGGUGGACAACAUGCUUUGGACGUUCGUCGUAGAGCACGAAAUCAAGAAACUCAAUGCUCGGAAGCGAAAUCCCAAGGGAUCGACUUCUAAAUCGAAAAAAUCACACCAUGCUGACGACGAGUGUGACUAUGAGUAA